AUGCUCUGGAACACUCCGGAGGGUGACCAGAAGGAGCUCAGUGGUCUUUGGCUUGGUGAUAUGGACAAGAAUGGAGGAGGAGGAGGAGGAGGAGGAGGAGGAGGAGAACUUGCUACCAUAGUUAUUGACGAUGAGCAGGCAUGGAUUUGGAGCUAUCAGCAAGUCAACUGGUCACAGCACCCUGUCCGAAUCGUCGGGCCCGCAAUCUGGUCCAUCACCGCCGUCAGCACCAUCUAUUUCACCUUUGCCGCCUGGGACGUCUACCAGGAUGUGAAGGGGUACAGCAAGGAGAGCCGUCGUGGCCUGACCUUUGACCGCAUCGAGGCUGACAGGUUGCGGAAGUUGAGGGCGAGGAGGAGGACACAGGAGUCUGUCUCGAGCUCACCCUUCAGCGGGGGGCCCAUCGUGGUGACCUCGCCGAGCUCCGUCUGGAACAGCCUCAGCGGACCUGACCAGGUGGUGGCCAGCGUGGCCGCCGUCAAUCUCACCACCUUGGCCCUCUCCAGGGCACCCUCAGACCCUGCAAGGCGCUUCGUGCUGGGUCUUGCACACACACCCGUCGAAGGCCCCUUCAGGAACAGACAGCUCCUCACCAGCUCGUUCGUCCACACCGGCCCUCUGCACCUCUUCAUGAACAUGUUCGUCCUCUUCAACUUUGGCCACAACCUGGCCAACUCAUCGCAGUUCAUGGGCUCUGGGACCCAUACGGCCGCCUUCUACCUGUCAGCCGGCAUCAUCUCCGCUCUCGGCAGCCACAUAUCAACCAGGUUCUGGCCCAAUAAGUCGCACAGGUUCCGCCCCGGCGUGGGCUUCUCGGGUGUCGUCUCCACCAUCUUCGCCGCCUGGUGUACCGAGCGCCCCGACUCACGCCUCCGUAUCCUUCCUCUUCCUUGGUCCUUCUCCGCCCGGGAUCUGCUCGAGUUCUCUGUGGGCUUCGAGACCCUCGGCGUCUUGGGCUUGUGGAGAUACCUGCGCCUGCCCUUGGACGUGGCUUUUGCCUGCCAUCUGACGGGGCUUGCGUUCGGGGCUGCCUAUGUUACGUACGGGAAGGCGGGGAGGUUCUGGACGCAUUUUAGGGGAGCGGCAUUUCGCACGAUGCAGUUCACGAGGCUGGUCUGAUGAGCAUCUGGGUGGCAUGCAGAGAGAGAAGUCCUACAGUGCUCAUCGUGGUUCGAGACUCAAGAAGAGCGGGUUCGUCAAGACUCUAGAAACCUCUCGAGGACUCUCUGGAAGACUCUGGAACUGGGGUCUAGGAGGAUUCCGAGAGAGAUUGUUACACAUCCCUUGAACUUGGUGUUGAGGGACGGACUGCGCCUAUCCAGGAUCCGCUACGUAUGUACAAUGUUACGAGCUUGGGAACAAGCUGGAAGGUAAUGCUGGCGUCGACAAGCAUCUUGGAAACGACAGCCAUGAACAAAGGUCGAGCAAUCCAGAAGCUGAGCAGG